AUGCCGACGCUCCUCCUCGCCGCGCUCGCGCUCGCCCUGGCCCUCUCCCACGCCGCCGCCGAAGGAGGCGCCGGGUUCUACGACCCGGCGCGGGUCACCCAGAUCUCCUGGUGCCCCAGGGCGUUCCUGUACAGCGGCUUCCUCUCGCACGCCGAGUGCGACCACCUCAUCAAGCUGGCCAAGGGGAGGCUGGAGAAGUCGAUGGUGGCGGACAACGAGUCCGGGAAGAGUGUCAUGAGUCAGGUGCGCACAAGCUCCGGCACCUUCUUGUCCAAGCGCGAGGAUGAAAUUAUCUCUGGAAUUGAAAAGCGUGUAGCUGCUUGGACGUUUCUCCCUGAAGAAAAUGCCGAGUCAAUGCAGGUUCUGCAUUAUGAAGUUGGUCAGAAGUAUGAUGCCCACUUUGAUUAUUUUAGUGACAAAAAGAACAUAAAGCGUGGUGGUCAUCGGGUUGCCACUGUUCUUAUGUACCUGACAGAUGUGAAGAAGGGUGGAGAGACCGUGUUCCCAAUUGCUGAGGGAAGAGAUUUACAACAUAAGGAUGAAACGUGGUCGGAGUGCGCGAGACAUGGCCUGGCAGUGAAGCCAAGAAAAGGCGAUGCGCUACUGUUUUUCAGUCUCCACGUUAACGCGACAACAGAUCGGAGCAGUCUUCACGCGAGCUGCCCAGUAGUCGAGGGCGCGAAGUGGUCUGCCACAAAGUGGAUCCACGUCCGGUCAUUCGACAACCCUCCAGAUGUUAUGGCGGACACACGGUGUUCUGAUGACAAUGAGCAAUGCCCUAGAUGGGCUGCUCUUGGGGAGUGUUACAAGAAUGCAAAAUACAUGGUGGGCACGAAGGACACCCUCGGGUCUUGCCGCAAAAGUUGCGGGGUCUGCGAUUUCUGA